AUGUCGGAUGUAGAUAAUUGGGAGCCGGUGUCUGAUGGCGAGGAUACAACAGAUUCUGUGAAGCAAUUGGGUCCUCCCUUCGAACAUACCAAUGAUGAUGACUGUGCCAGCGGUGGUGAACGUGGGUUGCUGAAGGAUGUGCCCCUAGAGGCAGAGAUCACUGGUGCACGCAAAGAACUCGUAGUGAUCACGAAUCCCAGUACUGCUGAUGGUCAGUCAACUGAAAUCAAACACGACCAAUCGAUGACGUCUUCGACGUCAUCGUUCUUUAGUGGGAUGAUCUCUUCGUUUAAAUCAAACGUACAAUCCCCGACUUCUAGGUCAACUACUCCAACUUCACCAGUAUCCCAGCCAAAUAUCAUAUCUCAUAGGAGGGAGCCUUCCAUAGGCUCCAAGAGAAGGUCCAGCCGUCGUAUCAGCAACGCUACCAUUGCUGAAGUAGGUUCUCCACUACAACAAGUAGAACAGCCUGAUGAAGUCAAGACCAGGCGCACACCCUCUCUACUGAAAGAUGACAUUUAUGACCACAAGCGGUUCGUGGAGGAAAGGUAUCUGGACACGCCUUUCCACUACGCCUCUGAGCAAAGGAACAAGGAUUUCCAUGAAUCAUUUAAGUCUCUGCCCGGGGAAGAUAGGCUGUUGGAUGAUUUUAACUGUGGACUCAAUAGAGAGUUGCUUUACCAAGGGAAGCUCUACAUUACUGAAUCACACCUCUGCUUCAACUCCAAUAUUCUUGGUUGGAUCGCUAAAGUGCUGAUUGCAUUCGAAGAUAUUACGUUUAUGGAAAAGACGUCGGCUGCUGGGUUAUUCCCCAGCGCUAUAUCCAUUGAAACCAAGAUGGGAAAAACCCUUUUUAACGGAUUUAUAUCCAGAGACACCGCAUUUGGUCUAAUGAAAGAAGUGUGGUCAAGAACCCUGUUGCAAAAGGACAUAGCCAGCGAAAGCCGCAACUCUAGCAACGAUAAAUCAGGCAAUGGUAAGGAAAUCGACGAUGCAAUAAACUCCAUCGACGAAGACAAUAAUGAUAAAGAUAUUAAUGAUAACGACACUAACGAUAACGACAAUGACAUCGGCUGUACCGACGAAGCCUCCUCAAAAAGCAAUAUUCCUUCCCUGGACAAAGAGAAAGCGUAUAAACUACGUAGUGAUUCACCGUAUCAGUAUGAUGGUCCACUAUACCAUCAUUCAACAAGCUUUCCCACCGAACUAAUGGCCGCCAACGAAUUUGUUAUCAAGGAAUUACCGUUCAAUUGUGCACCAGGUAUUCUGUUUGAGAUUAUGUUCAAUUCUGAACAGAACGAGUACCUCUUGGAUUUCUUACGAGGCCAGGAGGGCUCACAAAUCACCAAGAUUCCCGAUUUCACGAGCGUUAAUGGAGCUCCCAUGCCAUUGAAAAGAGAGUAUUCGUACGAAAAGGCAUUGCACUUUCCUGCGGGACCUAAAUCAACGACAUGUUAUGUUACAGAAGUAAUAGAAAGGACAGACCCAGAGACGUAUUACGAAAUUAUCAGCAGCACACGCACACCGAACGUACCCAGUGGCGGCAGUUUCUCGACCAAGACAAGGUAUUUAAUUCGUUGGAACGAUGAAAUAACCUGUUUGCUACGGGUGUCCUUUUGGGUAGAGUGGACCGGUUCCAGCUGGAUUAAAGGGAUGGUCGAAAACGGCUGUAAAAAUGGCCAACUGGAGGCUGGACAGCUGAUGGAACGUAUUCUCAUCAAAUUUGUUAAGGACAAUGUCGAAGAAUCUCAAAUUGUUAUCAACAAGGAACAAGAGGAGCCAGAGAAGGAACAGUUGGAAGAGAAGCCAGCGGAGGCAGACGUCGAACAACCAAGAGGAGUUAUUGCCGCCACACUAGCUGUCGCAGAGCCUCAAGGUAUCAAGGUCACCACGGAAACGUGGCUGUUCUUAUACUUGAUUGCGAUCAUUCUGCUACUGUUGAAUCUGUUUUACUUGCGCUCAAUUGCAAGUUCCCUCCGUCAACUAGUGAAGCUGAACCUGGUAGGACUGAAGUAG